AUGCCUGGUAAGAAGAAUAAACAGGCUAGAACCAAAGAAUCAGAUCCAAUUGAAUUAUUAAAACGAACUGCUACAGCAAUUAAUGAUAAUCCAAAGGGAUACAAUUCAGCAUUUCCAUUGAGUGGAUUUAAAACUCCAAAAUUAGAUUCAAAAAGAUGGGCGGAAGUUGAAAAAAUUGGAUAUGGAGAAGAUAAAUCUUAUCAUUAUAGAAAUCCUGGUGAAACAUUAGCAGAAAAUGGUAUUUAUGAUAUUUAUUCAAAUAAAUUUGAUCCAUAUCCAGCAUGGAAUCCACCUGAAAAUGUUCCUAUCACAAGGGAAGAAAUUGAAGCAAUUUUUUUACAGUUGACUGCAAUAUUUGGAUUUCAAUUUGAUAAUACAAGAAAUAUGUUUGAUUAUUUAAUGAGAUUAUUAGAUUCAAGAGCUUCAAGAUUAGGUCCAGAACAUGCACUAAGAUCAGUUCAUGCAGAUUAUAUCGGUGGAUUUAAUGCGAAUUUCAGAAAAUGGUAUUUUGCAGCUCAAAUGGAUAUUGAUGAUUUUGUUGGGUUUGAAAAUGUUAAACAUGGGAAAAUUAAAGAUGUCAAUGAAGCAAUACCAACUCUUGAAACUGCUGAAGAACAAUGGUCAGCAAAUAUGCAUGCUUUAUCACCUACAUAUUCAGUCAUUCAAUUAGCUUUGUAUUUGUUAAUAUGGGGUGAAGCAAAUAAUGUCAGAUUCAUGCCAGAAUGUAUUUGUUUUAUUAUGAAAUGUUGUAAUGAUUAUUAUUUUUCAAUUGAUCCAGAUGUACCAAUAAAAAAAGUUACAGAGAGUUUUUUAGAUCAUAUAAUCACUCCAUUAUAUAACUUUUUCAGAGAUCAAUUAUAUGUUUCAAUUGAUGGGAAAUAUCAUAGAAGAGAUAAAGAUCAUGAGUCAGUCAUUGGAUAUGAUGAUAUGAAUCAAUUAUUUUGGUAUUCAAAAGGUUUGGAAAGAUUAGUUUUAUCGGAUAAAAGAAAAUUAAUGAGUCUUCCUCCAGGUGAAAGAUAUGCAAAAUUAAAUGAAGUUCAAUGGAAUAAAGCAUUCUAUAAAACUUUCAAAGAAAAAAGAAGUUGGUCUCAUGUACUUGUCAAUUUUAAUAGAGUUUGGAUAAUUCAUUUAUCAAUGUUUUGGUAUUAUACAGUUUUUAAUUCUCCAACUUUAUAUACUCAUAAUUAUCAGCAAGCUUUAGAUAAUCAACCAACAACUCAAGCUAGAUUAUCUGCACUCUCACUUGCAGGAUCUAUUGCUUUAGUAAUCAACGCAGUAAGUUUAUUUUAUGAAUUAUCUUAUAUCCCAAGAAAAUGGCAUGGAGCUCAAUCAAUUGCAUCACGAAUCUUUUUCACAAUUUGUUCAAUUUUGAUUAACACUGGUCCAUCUGUUUACUUAUUUGGUUUUACUGCACUCGAUUCAGAAUCAACUUUAGGUAUAACUUUAGCAUCUUUACAAUUUGCCUUUUCCAUGUUCAUUGUUAUUCAUUUGUCAUUAUCACCAUUGGGUAAAGUCUUUCUGAAAUCUUCCAAAAGAAGUGAUAGGAAGCUUCUACCUCAUAAAACUUUUCUAACCAACUUUUAUUUGUUAACUGAUACUGAUAAAAUUGCAUCUUAUGGAUUAUGGUUUGCCAUAUUUGUAUCAAAAUUUUUGGAAUCAUAUUUUUUCCUAACACUUUCAAUGAGGGAUCCUAUUCGUGAAUUAAGUAAUAUGGUGCAUGUUUCUUGUACUGGUGAAAUAUGGUUUGGUGAUUGGUUAUGUUCAAAACAACCUAAAUUUGUAUUAGGAUUAUUAUUUUUAACUAAUUUGGUUUUGUUUAUUUUAGAUACUUACUUAUGGUAUAUCAUUUGGAAUACCAUUUUCUCAGUUUGUCGUUCAUUUUAUGUUGGUGUUUCCAUUUGGAUUCCCUGGAGAAACAUUUUUUCAAGAUUACCCAAGAGAAUAUUUUCAAAAAUCAUAUCAGUCUCUAAUGAAAAGAAUAUUAAAACAAAGUUAUUAAUAUCUCAAGUAUGGAACUCAAUUAUUAUUUCGAUGUACAGAGAGCAUUUGAUUUCCCUAGAACAAGUUCAAAAGUUGAUUUAUAAACUGAUAGACACUCCAGGUGUUGAAGGUGGUUCGAUUCUAAAAGAGCCUAUGUUUUUUGUUUCGCAAGAGGAUCAAUCAUUCAAGUCUUCUUUGUUCAAAAAUCAAUCUGAAGCACAAAGAAGAAUUACAUUUUUUGCUCAAUCAUUGUCAACACCUAUGCCUGAAGUUGGUCCAGUUCAUUUGAUGCCCUCAUUUACAGUUUUAAUUCCGCAUUAUAGUGAAAAAAUCACUUUAUCAUUACGAGAAAUCAUAAGAGAGGAAGAACAAUAUUCUCAUGUUACAAUGUUGGAAUAUUUAAAACAGUUACAUCCUUUGGAAUGGAGUUGUUUUGUAAAAGAUACAAAAAUGUUAGCUGAAGAAUUUGAAACCGAUUCUGGAUCGCUUGAAAAAGAUAAAGAUAAACUAGAUGAUUUACCAUAUUACUCAGUUGGAUUCAAGGUUGCAACGCCUGAAUAUAUUUUAAGAACUAGAAUUUGGGCUUCGUUAAGAUCCCAAACCUUAUACAGAACCAUCUCUGGAUUUAUGAAUUAUGUUAGAGCAAUUAAAUUAUUGUUUGAUGUUGAAAAUCCAGACUCAAGUAUUUUUGGUGGUGAUAAUGAAAAACUUGAACAAGCUGCAAUUAUGGCCCAUAGAAAAUUUAGAAUCAUCACCUCAAUGCAAAGAAUGAAAUAUUUUACAGCUGAAGAAAAAGAAAAUACCGAAUUUUUGUUAAGAGCUUAUCCUGAACUACAAAUUUGUUAUCUUGAUGAAGAAUAUGAUGAAGAAACUGGAGAUAUUACUUAUUAUUCAGCACUAGUUGAUGGAAGCUGUUCAUUUUUGGAAAAUGGUGAAAGAGAACCAAAAUAUCGAAUCAGAUUAUCAGGGAAUCCAAUACUUGGAGAUGGUAAAUCAGAUAAUCAAAAUCAUUCAUUAAUUUUCUGCCGUGGUGAAUAUAUUCAGCUAGUUGAUGCUAAUCAAGAUAAUUAUCUUGAAGAAUGUCUUAAAAUCAGAAGUGUGUUAGCUGAAUUUGAGGAAGCAACUUUUCCUAUUGAUCCUUAUUCAAAUGAUUUGGAAAAUUCUAACUCCGCAUAUCCUGUUGCAAUUAUUGGAACUAGAGAAUAUAUCUUUUCAGAAAAUAUUGGAAUUCUUGGUGAUGUUGCAGCUGGUAAAGAACAAACUUUUGGUACAUUAUUUGCAAGGACUUUAGCUCAUAUUGGAGGUAAAUUGCAUUAUGGUCAUCCUGACUUUUUAAAUGGAAUUUUUAUGACAACAAGAGGUGGUGUAUCAAAAGCUCAAAAAGGUUUACAUUUAAACGAAGAUAUUUAUGCAGGUAUGAAUGUAGUACUUCGUGGUGGAAGAAUCAAACAUUGUGAAUAUAUGCAAUGUGGGAAAGGUAGAGAUUUAGGUUUUGGAUCUAUCCUUAAUUUUACAACCAAAAUUGGUGCAGGAAUGGGUGAACAAAUGCUUUCACGUGAAUACUUCUACUUGGGAACUCAAUUACCUUUUGAUAGAUUUUUAUCAUUUUAUUAUGCCCACCCAGGUUUCCAUUUAAAUAAUGUUUUCAUUAUUGUUUCAAUUCAAUUAUUUUUGUUAGUUGCAUCUAAUUUGGCAGCUUUGAGUAAAGAUAGCAUUAUUUGUGAAUAUGAUAAAUUCAGACCAAUCACGGAUCCUAGAUCCCCAAAUGGGUGUCAUAAUUUAAUUCCAGUUAUACAUUGGUUGCAAAGAUGUGUUUUUUCAAUUUUCAUUGUGUUUAUUAUUUCAUUUGUUCCCUUGGGAGUUCAAGAACUUACAGAGAGAGGGUUUUAUAAAGCUAUUACCAGGUUGGGAAAACAAUUUGCGUCAUUUUCACCACUUUUUGAAGUUUUUGUUUGUAAAAUUUAUGGUCAUUCAUUAGCAAGUGAUAUUUCGAUUGGAGGUGCUCGUUAUUUAGCAACUGGAAGAGGGUUUGCAACAAUAAGAGUUCCAUUUGUUACUUUGUAUUCAAGAUUUGCAGUUGAAAGUUUGUAUUAUGGGGCUAUAUGUGCGCUACUUAUAUUUUAUUGUUCAAUGUCAAUGUGGAUUACCCUGUUACUUUAUUUUUGGAUGUCGAUUAUAGGUUUAUUAAUUUGUCCAUUUUUAUAUAAUCCUAAUCAAUUUUCUUGGAAUGAUUUCUUUUUGGAUUACAAAGAAUAUAUUGCAUGGUUACAUCGUGGUAAUAGUAAAGCAAGAAUAUCAUCUUGGAUUAAUUUUACAAGAUUGAGAAGAAGUAGAAUUGUCGGAGUCAAAAGUAAAAGAUUCAGUGUUAAUGAGGAAAUCAAAGCUGUAAGUGAAGUUAAACCAUCAAGAUUAAAGCUUAUAUUUUCUGAAUCAUUAUUCCAAUUAUCAAUUGUUUCCGUUGUUGGUUUGGCUUAUUUAUUUGCAAAUUCUCAAAAUGAAUCUUACAGAGCACAACCAGUAAACAGUAUUUUAAGAAUUUUAAUAGUAAGUUUUGGCCCGAUUGUUGUUAACUUUGUACUUUUAAUGGCAGUAUUUGUAUUAUCCACAAUUCUUGGUCCAAUAUUAAGUUUAUUUUGGAAGAAAAUACCUUCGUGUUUUGCAGCAUUUGCUCAUACUUUAGCAGUAAUAAAUCAUGUGUUAUUCUUUGAGUUUCUUUGGAUGUUACAAAACUGGAAUUUUGCAAGAACUAUUUUAGGAUUCACUUUAUCUACAUUAAUUCAAUGUUGGUUUUUACAAGUUAUUACCAUAUUAUUUGUUUCAAAAGAAUUUAGACAUGAUAGAUCAAAUCGUUCUUGGUGGUCAGGUAAAUGGGCAACUGCUGGUUUAGGUUGGUACAUUAUUACUCAACCGUUAAGAGAAUUUAUUUGCAAAUUAACUGAAAUGUCUUAUUUUGCAGGUGAUUUGAUUGCAGCACAUGUUAUACUUUAUGCUCAAUUCCCAAUGUUGUUCAUUCCUUAUGCAGAUAAAUGGCAUACAUUGAUGCUUUUUUGGUUGAAACCAGGUAAUCAAAUUAGACCUAGAAUCUUGUCUAAAAACCAGAAAAAGAAAAGAAGAAUCCAGGCGGUUUUAUUCUUCAUAUUAUUCAUUUUUAGUAUGAUUUUAUUUGCAAGUAUCUUUGUGCUUCCUAUUGUUGCAAGAAAGUAUCUUGAAAUUGAUUUUACUCAUUAUCUUCCAGAUUUUUUACUGAUCCAACCACAUGUCUUUUUGGCUGCAAAGAAAGGGUUUUUAAAAGGUUUAGAAAUUAAGCAUUACUAA